AUGUCAAGAAGUCCACUGGAAACACCUGCUCCCGAAGCAAACACAUUACCUGGCCUUUCAACUCCCAACUUAAACAGCUCAGCCUCUAAUGCUCCCAGAAAUACUACGAACGCAUCAACUACAGAGAAGAAGACGACUGCCUUUGAUAUAGCACAUGAUAUAGAGCGUGAGCUAGCGAAAGCAACUGAGUUGUUGGAUCAAAACGAUAAAGAAAUAAGUGCAAAGAUAGACUCUACACUCAAAAAGAGAAAGCUCGAAGAGCAGACAAGCAAUACGUCUAAAAACGAUCACGAAAAUGAUACGACUGAGGCAGUACACGAAACUAACCAUGCUGGUCCUGGUGCGAAGGAGGAUCACGAACAUGCAACUCCCGACAUCAAAAUAGAUGAAAACGACCCUCUUCUACAACAAUAUGAGACUGUUUUAAGGAAGUUUAAUCAUGAACCUACCAAAGAGGAGUCACAGAUAGUUGAGGCGCCUAAUAGUAAUGACUACACCCACGAGGAAACUUCAGGCGAUUCCGAAGAUGAGAAUGAUGAAGAGCAUGGACAAAGUUCGAAACUAUCCAAACGGCAAUCAAGGCUACGAAACAAGGUCCCGCUAUCGUCUCUCAAAAUGUCUACACACCUCCCGGAGCUAGUGGAACCCACUGACGCCGACGCCCAAGAUCCCUACCUACUUGUAUUCAUCAAAUCUCAACCAAAUGUCAUUCCCGUACCUUCACACUGGAGCUCAAAACGCGAUUACCUUUCUUCCAAACGCGGAAUUGAAAGACCGCCAUUUCAGUUACCGAAGUUCAUUCGAGAUACCGGUAUUGAAGAAAUGCGACAGACUACUGGCGAUGAUCGUACCUUGAAGCAGCAACAACGAGAAAGAGUGCAAGUGAAAUUGGGCCGGCUAGAUAUGGACUAUGAGAAACUCUACCGUGCAUUUUUUCACAAUCAGUCCAAACCUAGACUAUCUUCGUUUGGUGAGUUGUAUGAAGAAGGUAAAGAACUAGUUGAUGAAAUGACCAAUGAGGCAAAAAAAUGUAAACCUGGUGUAGUGUCGAAAGAGUUGAGAGGAGCUUUAGGAAUGAAUGAAAAUGACUUAAGCAUCCCACCUGCUUGGAUAACUAUUAUGAAAGAUAUCGGUAAACCGCCAUCGUAUCAGGAUUUGAUUAUUCCGGGAAUUGAUGAGGACUAUAAUAAUGGCGGGUAUAGAGAUAGACAUGCCGAUGGGGACGUGAAUGUCGAGCAUUGGGGAAGCAUCAAGGCCCUAGUUGAAUCAGAAAGUGAAGGGGAAGACGAGGAGGAGGAGGAGGAGGAGGAAAAUGAGGGUGGGGAGAGUGGCGACGAAAGUGAAUCUAGGAACAGUAUACAUCAUAAUGAAAACGGAAUUGCUAAUGACUCUGAUAGUGAAAAAGAAGAACAUGAAGUCGGCCAAGAUCAGGAGAACAAGAGUUCUCUAAAGGACGUGUUAAUCAACAUGUUUGAUGAUAAAGCCCCACCAGAGGUUGAUGACAGCAGGGCAACUGAAGAUGCCACUGACAAGUUUCUAUACCAAGUUCUUGGGGAAAAGAAAUCAGAUGGCCAGUCGUUGACUGGGCACGCCUAUGACCUAGAUAAGCUGAAACGCCACACUCCAUAG